AGCUCAAGAACUUCCGGCUGAUCCCAGCUCGCGAGAGGUAGGCAAUGCGAGCGAUGAGAUCUUUGGUGUUGGUCGUCAUGAUCGCUGGACAGCUCGAGAGAAUGGCCGCUAUAGCCGAUGGAGAGAGUCCUUGCUCCAUGAGAAACUUCCCUCUGGGUUCUAGAUCGCUGGCCACGUCGAGGAGGAGGAGCGCUGGAUGCUUCUUCACAGCGUCGGCCAUUUGCGUGUCGUUGAGCCCGUGGCGAGAGAGAAACCGGACGUUCUCCUCUAGAGACGAUGGAUCGCCGCGGUACUUACGAAGAAGAGUUGUGUGAUCCUUGGCCAGCGCUUUCAAUCUCGUGUCAUCGACUCCGAACGAUCGAAGCCUCGCGAACAAGGGAGCCAUCUUGGCCUGGCCUUCUGGCUUGAGGAGCUCGGGUAAGUUCUUCUUGGCGAAAACCUUGGAGAAGCCAAAAUCCCUCGUGAAUGGAUCCUCUUCCUUCGUUUCUACUGCCGAUUCUAGUGCUGCAUUCUCACCUCCUUCGAUCGCCGCCGAGGAAUGCUGAUGCCUCGCGAAGAGAUGCCACGAUCGAUCAGGAACGCCGCAUUCCAGCAAUGUCCGCCUCGUCUGCUGCGGCCUUGGAUCAUGGAGAAGAAUGCCGGUGGUGCUGCGGAUCGCUCGGGAGGAGCGAAGCCGCGCGAGCAAGGAUCGCGCGACGCAGCGGCUAGCUGCCAUCAAAUUCUCGCCAAAAGCCCUAUCAAGAAUUAGGGUUUAUGUUUCAUUCAUUUCAUUCGCUAUGGCCGAUUCGAUCGCGCAGCCGCGGCAGCGGCUCUUCCACGAUCAUGCCGCAAUCGCAUUCCCCCACGGCACAGGGAAGAUCGUCCUGGGAUUCGUCUCGGUUAGGGCGUCGUCGAGCAGCUAUCCGAGCAGGAAUUCGUGGCUGUCUGCUGGGAAUUGGAGGAGAUUAUCGCUUGUCUCGUCGCCUCCUUCGUCCUCGAUCCAGAUUUCCACUCUCCGCAAAGGAAUGCCGCAGCAAAGCAGCGCUCCAGCUCAAGAGGACGAGGAUUACACUACCUGGGAGAGGGUCCAACUCUUGGAAAGAUUGCUCCGAGUUGCCGUGAGCGAUGAGAAUUAUGGAGAAGCUGUCAAGCUGCGGGAUAUUCUUGGAGGACUCAAAGCCGAGCUCACUGCGACCGAGCGGGUUCUUUUGAAGAACACGAAGCUGUUAGAUGAUGGAGAUGUCAGUGAAAGGAUACAAGCGAUCGAGGCUCUUGGGGAUUUUGGAGACAAGAGGAUAUUUCCUACGCUAAGUGCUUGUCUGAGAGACGAGAAUCACAACAUCGUUUUGGAAACUGAGAAGGCAAUGUGGAGAAUAUUUAUGAGAUCAGGUAGAGACGACGUUGAUAAGCGCAUUCAGGAAGGCGUCUCCAAAAUGGUCGGCAAGGAUGGCUUGGCCGCGGCUCGGGAGAUUUUCACCGAGGUGAUCAACAUGGCACCAUCGUUUGCAGAAGGCUAUAACAAGAGAGCCACAGUACAUUACUUGCUCCAAGAUUAUCACAAAUCUAUAGAGGAUUGCCAGAGAACUUUGAAGCUGAAUCCUUACCAUUUCGCGGCACUCAGUGGACUAGGCCUAUGUUAUGUGGCGAUUCAAGAUCCAGAAUCAGCUCUCUGCUGGCUCGAGAAAGCUUAUGCGAUGCAUCCCGGCCUUGUACAGAUUAGCAAGUAUAUCAAAGUUUUGAAAAAGAAAAUCAAGGAGAAGCAAGCGAAGAAAGAAGACAAAUAGAAACGGGGGUGAGAUUCAGAUUCUACUCCGUUCCGUGUACACAGUGUAUGUAUUGCUUCCUUGUUUAUAUGCACUUCUAUCAUUCCCAGCCACUCAAUUGGUUGUGGAAUAUUUGGUGUUGGCCA